ACCUCCUAUAAUCCAACAACAAUGCCUUUCACUGGUAGUGAUAUUAUCAAGAUCAUUUUCGCCAUCAUCUUUCCCCCUCUAGGUGUAUUCCUCGAGCGCGGGUGUGGCGUCGAGCUCCUGAUCUGCGUCAUCGCUACAUGCUUGGGGUAUAUCCCGGGGAUCCUCUACGCGUUGUAUAUUAUCCUCAAGUUCUGAUCCCAUCCCAACCCGACUACUCCGCGGGCCGGUCCAUGUCUUCCUGCCGGUGACGCCUUUACGAGCUGUUGACGUAGUCUCUUCCCCCUUUCAUGUUUCUUACGCGAGUGUCCUGUUGUCAGAGAGGGCUUUGUAAUAUCGUUAUUAGUGUU